GCAUCGAGCACACAAGCUGAGCAGCUUGGAUACAUCCAACCAUCCUCACUGAGAACCUGUGUGUGUGUGUGUGCGUGUGUGUGUGUAGCAGGACAUUUCCCAGCGUCUCACCUGUCCCACUCGACGUGUCCGUCCAGCAGGUUUAUUGUGAGCGAUGAAGACCACACGUAUAGGGGGAGCGCUCCUCUUUGUGCUGCUCAACAUGGCCACCCUCGCCGUUGCCAGGCCCAAAGCAGGUGUAGAGCAGAAGUGCAAGUCUGGCCCGAUGGACCUGGUCUUCCUCAUCGACAGCUCCCGAAGCGUCCGCCCGCAUGAGUUCGAGACCAUGAGGAAGUUUAUGAUUGACAUCUUGAACACUCUGGACAUCGGUCCAAAUGCCACCAGAGUGGGAGUGGUCCAGUAUUCCAGUCAGGUCCGUAGUGAGUUUUCCUUGAAUAGCCAUAGCACACUGUCCAACAUGGUGGAUGCCAUCAACGGGAUCGUCCCGCUCGCCCAAGGCACUAUGACAGGCCUCGCCAUCCGUUACAUCAUGAACAACGCAUUCAUCGCUGAGGAGGGAGACAGGCCCAAGGUCGCCAAUGUGGCCGUCAUCGUGACGGACGGCCGUCCACAGGACCGCGUGGCCGAGGUGGCGGCGGAGGCCAGACAGAAAGGCAUCGAGAUAUAUGCAGUGGGUGUGGCCAGAGCCGACAUGGCCUCCCUGCGGGCGAUGGCGUCACUGCCCUUUGAGGACCACGUCUUCCUGGUGGAGUCCUUCGACCUAAUCCAUCAGUUUGGACUCCAGUUUCAGGAUAAACUGUGCGGUUUGGAUCUCUGCGUGGAGUCAGAGCACGGAUGCGAGCAGAUCUGUGAAAGUUCUCCUGGUUCGUACCACUGCCUUUGUCUGCCCGGAUACACACUUAACAACGAUGGGAAGAUGUGCACAGCCAUGGACCUCUGCGCUGAGGACAAACACGACUGUGAGCAGAUCUGCGUCAGCUCGCCUGGCGUCUUCACGUGCGACUGUAACGAAGGCUUCACGCUGAACGACGACAAGAAGACUUGCACAAUGAUCAACUACUGCUCGUUUGGGAAUCACACAUGUGAUCAUGAGUGUGUGAGCGUGCUCAAAGGCUUCCAGUGUCGCUGCAAUGAUGGCUACAAGCUGCUCGGCGACGGCAGAACCUGCCGGGCCACGGACCUAUGCACUGAAGGCAAACACGACUGUGAGCAGAUCUGCGUCAGCUCGCCUGGCUUCUUCACGUGCGACUGUAACGAAGGCUUCACGCUCAACAAAGACAAGAAGACAUGCACACCCAUCGACCUGUGCGCUGAGGGCAAACAUGACUGUGAGCAGACCUGCAUCAGCUCGCCUGGAGUCUUCACGUGCGACUGUAACGAAGGCUUCGUGCUCAACAACGACAAAAAGACUUGCAAACACUUGGACAUGUGUAACAUCCUGGACCACGGCUGUGAGCACCGGUGUGUUAGCACCCCAGGGUCGUACUACUGUUUGUGUCCUGAGGGUCAACUUCUGAAGGAGGACGGGAAGAGCUGUGGCACCUGUAAGACAGCCAACAUUGACCUGGUUCUUCUGAUUGAUGGAUCCAAGAGUGUUCGCCCACAGAACUUUGAGCUUGUCAAAAAGUUUGUCAACCAGGUGGUGGACACUUUGGAUGUGUCCGCUCAUGGUACCAGGGUUGGUCUGAUCCAGUAUUCGAGUCGUGUCAGGACAGAGUUCCCCCUUAACAUGUACCACACGGCCGAGGAGAUCAAAGCUGCCGUUAUGAAGGUUCAAUACAUGGAGAAAGGGACCAUGACGGGCCUGGCGCUAAAACACAUGCUGGAGAACAGCUUCUCUGAGGUGGAGGGUGCUCGUCCCGCUGUCCGCAGCAUUCCCCGAAUUGGACUGGUCUUCACGGAUGGACGUUCCCAGGAUGACAUCACCGAAUAUGCCAAACAGGUCAAAGAAGCCGGAAUUACCAUGUAUGCUGUGGGCGUGGGCAAAGCUGUGGAAGACGAGCUUCGGGAGAUCGCUUCAGAACCUGUGGAGAAACAUUUCUACUAUACCACUGACUUCAGCGCCAUCAGCACCAUCGCAGAGAACCUAAAACUCAACGUGUGCCCAGAGGAGAGUCAGGGGGAGAUCGAGGUGAAAGACCCGUGUGCCUGCGAAAAUCUGGUAGAGUUCCAGCAGGCCACCAUGAGCAACCUGGAGCAGCUCACACAAAAACUGACAGCAAUGAGCUUCCGUCUGGAGCAGCUGGAGAACCAGCUCCUGACCAGGAAGUGAUGCGGUUGUCAUUGCGACCCAGAGAUGGAGCAGCAGAAGACAAAGCAGGAAGACGCCACAACCUUCAACAUGUGCCAGAGGGCGAUUGUAGAAACGGGCUGCUGUGACACAGGCCACGCCCACUUUAGUCCCGCCAUGGCGCCAAGCAGACACCACAGAACGAACAGUCCGAGAGUAUCAGGAGAUCAAGUUUAGAUGACACCUCCUCCUCCUAUUUAUACUUUUGUAGCAGAGGUCUUUUUAUUACCACUUAAUGAAGUAUUGAAAAUGUUCUUCUAUCCUAAAAGGAAAGUUAAGAUUGAAGCUGUCCAUGGCCAAAGUAAUUAUCAAAAGACUUCUUUGUAUUUUUUCUAUGGGAAAAAAAAUAUCUCAAUUUCAAAUGUAUUCCUUUUUGUUUUUUUUUGGUAUAUUUUUUAAUAGUUUGACUCUGUGUAUGUUAUUGAUGGAUGCUUGUAUGCACAGGAGGCAAAUAAACUCCAACAUGUUCCAUCAAA